UGCGAGUAGUGGCGUUGUCGGAUUGGCCCAAGAGGAAUUGGUCUUGGAUAAGAGGGUGCGAGCCGACGGUCAAAGCGAACAGAGAGGGAGACUCCGGGUGAGCGAGAGAAGAGUCGGCGGUGGGGAGGACGGCGAACUAGAGAGGGACUCCGGGAACAGUUUGGAUGCACACUGUGCAAGGACGGUGAUUCAGUUAGCGGCGAGCCGCCGUCGGGAAAGCGUCGUCGUUGUCGGUUUUUUUCCUCCUAGCGUUGCGUUUUCGCGACACACACGCGCGCGGACGCGCGUUUACAAAAUCCUCCGGUCGCUCGCGUGGAAAACGAGACCCUACCGCGUCGCAGUUGCGUUCGAUGGUGGUCGAGGAGACGCGGGGAACAAUCGGCGAGCCGGAAGUAUCGUGAUUCCCGAUCGUGGCAAAUUUUUUUCAACGAUCGACGAUGCGAGUCGGAAGCGUGAUCGAGAGAAGCGCCGGGCGGCGGGCACCGAUGUUCUGAGAGGUUGGUCGAUCCGGUCAACAUGACGAGUUAGAGCGUGGAAUCGAGCAGGAUCGUGCACGGGAUCGCUACUCUCGUCCGAGUCUCUUGCGAGAGCGCAGAUCGAUUUCCCGAAGAGAGGACGAUUCGCGCCUAGGUGACACAGCGAGGGUGUCAGAGAGGGGGAGGGGCAGGGGAAAGAGAUAGGAGAUAGGAGAGAGGAGAGAGAGAAGAGAGAAGAGAGAAGAGAGAAGAGAGAAGAGAGAACGCGGGGAUAAAAGAAGAUUGGCGAGAAUGAAGAGUCGAGCGGCAUGGGUGCUCGGAGUGCUCCUCGGGGCGAUCCUGUUUCGUCGGGGGAACACGUUGGCGGGCAGCGAGUUGUACGCGAAAACGUUUUCCAGCCAGCAGCAUCCGUCGGACCCGUGCUACGACGAGGACAGGCCACGACGUUGCAUACCGGAUUUCGUGAACGCGGCGUUCGGCGCCGCGGUGGAGGCGUCCUCGACCUGCGGAAGCGGCGGUCCCACGAGAUACUGCGACGUGACCGAGCAGCCAGGAGGUAGCACCGGCAUAGGUCAGUGCCACGUCUGCGACGACAGCACGCCGCGGCGACGGUUCCCCGCCAGCUACUUGACGGACCUGAACAACCCCAACAACGUGACCUGCUGGCGCAGCGAGCCGCUGGUCACGUCACAGAGUUUCUCCGCGCCGCCGGACAACGUGACCUUGACCCUCUCUCUAGGAAAGAAGUACGAACUGACCUACGUGAGCCUGCAGUUCUGCCCGAAGGCGGCCAAGCCGGACUCGAUCGCGAUCUACAAAUCGAUGGACUACGGUAAGACGUGGCAGCCGUUCCAGUUCUACUCGUCCCAGUGUCGUCGCGUCUACGGCAGACCGAACAGAGCCACCAUCACCAAGGCGAACGAGCAGGAGGCGAGGUGCACGGACAGCCACAGGUACACGGGCGGCGACGGCCUCGGUCCCGUCGGCAGGAUCGCGUUCAGCACCAACGAGGGCCGUCCGUCGGCCGCCGAUUUCGACAACUCGCCGGUCCUGCAGGAUUGGGUCACCGCCACCGACGUCCGCGUCGUCUUCAAUCGCCUCCACAUGCCCCAGCAACCCUCCCAGGAACAGGUCUCGCAGCUGGCCAACGGCGACAAUCGCGAUCACGGCCUUGACCUCGGCCUCGAGGAGCUGACGAAACGCGAGAGGGAGCGGGACGAGAGGCUCAAGAGCCAGAAGAACCUGAUACGCGGCUCCCUGGACCCGCUGGCGACCGCGUUGCCGUCGGUCCAUCAGGUGAUCGCGCCCCAGGAGAUGCAGUCCAACGACGCGGUCGACGUACCGGAGAUGAGCUUCGCCGCGGUGACCGUAUCCUCGCCGACCACCACCACCACCCUGACGAACCAGCUCGGUAUCACCACGCUCGCCCAUCACUACGCCGUCUCGGACUUCGCCGUCGGCGGCAGGUGCAAGUGCAACGGUCACGCGGCAAGGUGCAUCCCGGGCAAGGACGGCGAGCUUGCCUGCGAGUGCAGGCACAACACCGCCGGCAGGGACUGCGAGAGGUGUCGCCCGUUCCACUUCGAUCGACCCUGGGCCAGAGCCACUACCAGAGACGCUAACGAAUGCAAAGUGUGCAACUGCAAUCUUCACGCGAGAAAGUGCAGAUUCAACAUGGAACUGUACAAGCUGUCUGGCCGUGUCAGCGGAGGCGUAUGUCUGCAGUGCCGGCAUUUUACGGCAGGAAGACACUGUCAUUAUUGUCGGGAAGGUUACUACAGGGACCCAGCGAGACCGAUCACGCAUCGUAAGGCCUGCAAACCGUGUGACUGUCACCCGAUCGGAGCCUCCGGGAAAACUUGUAACCAAAGUACCGGCCAGUGCCCGUGUAAAGACGGUGUAACCGGCACCACGUGUAACCGAUGUGCCAGAGGCUACCAACAGAGUAGAUCGCACAUUGCACCUUGCAUCAAAAUACCGAGGGUGGUGCAGACACAGGGCACGGCUGGCGAGGAGAGCGGGGAACACGAAGACGAAGACGACGAGCGCAAUUACAAUGGACGAGCCGACCAGUGUGGAAAGUGUCGAGCCAGCACCAAGAGGUUGAACCUGAACAAAUAUUGCAAAAGAGAUUAUGCCAUUCUGGGCAAAAUAACGGACAGACACAAAAAGAACGACGGCUCGACGGCUGGAACGAGCGUGUCCGGCUCGGAUUGGAUACGUUUCACCCUAAACGUCGACUUCAUCUACAAAAAGGCCCCGAACUCGAGAAUUCGUCGCGGCGACGUGUUCCUUUACGUGCACACGGCCGACUUGGCCUGCAGGUGCCCAAAAAUCAAACCGAACAAGUCGUAUUUGAUUCUUGGCCAAGAGAGCGAUGGCGGAGGUCAAGGUGGACUGACAGUGACGCAGAGGUCAAUUGUUAUCGAGUGGCGCGACGAGUGGCAUCGCCGAAUGCGACGCUUCCAGCGAAGGGCAAGAUCGUGUCAUUGAACUAAUUCGCGUCGUACCAAGGAAAAUAGACGGAGAAAAAGAGGGGAGAUUAAGAGUGAGAGUGUGAGAGAGAGAGAGAGAGAAAGAGAGAGAAAGCGAGAGAGAAAGAGAGAGAGAGAGAGAGAGAGAGAGAGAGAGAGAGAGAAAAGGAAGAGGACAGAAACGAGAGAUCGAGGAACAAAAGUCCAACCUUUGCUCGUAUUUGUAGAAAGGUACAACGUUCAUUUUUCAAACUGCCAAUAGCUGUAUGUAUUUUCGCGUACCUACUUUUUCGCACGAAAUACUCAACGACGUCCUAAGAUUAACGAUAAGUAACAAAACCGCAUUGCCCGGUGAAAUGCUAGCGAGAACUCGUAACUAUGAUCAAUUAACGAAAUGUAUACAUACGUUCAAUUGAAUCGUUUGAUAUAACGAACGGGUCCUGAGACUUUGAAGUAAUAAUUGGAAAAUAAUUAAACGAUACGUGGCUCUCGAAAAUAUUUAAACACUUGAUAGUUACGUAUUUAAAUUAAGUCCAAGACUAACUUAAAACUAACAUUUACACAUCCAUCGAUCGCCAUAUUUUACUAUUUUCGACGCUAUUGUUUGAACCAACAAUUUUAAUACACCGUUUUCUACACUUUACUGUAAUAUUUUUUUUGUCCACUAGACGCCAUUUUCUUUUAUGGUCCCUUCUGUAUUACAUUUUUACGUCUUGCUAAUAGAUGGUGCACGAGAACAUCCUUCAGCUACCAUCGAUGCCCAAUUGUGAUUCGGAAGUAUUCUUGACGAUAAGAUAAUUUUUAUUCGCGAUAUAAUAAGCAGUAGAUUUUUCCGAUACUACUUCACUACCGAUUCUCUUGCAAAAUUGCGAGACUUUGAACGCUGUUGCCCUUGGACCGACUACCAUCGAACUGACUAAUGUUUACGAUCCGUGAUCUUCGGGAAUCCUCGGUCGUCAGAGUUCGUAUACUUUCGUGAGC